AACAAGUGAGGGCUAUCACUCAGGUGAAGACAGCAGCAAGGUUUAAUUUUCAUUGCAUUUUCACAGUAUUCAACUCAGCAAAAUCUCCAGUAAAAAUAUAACCAGGAGAGAUGGUGACUGAAAUCCUGAGGAGGCUUACAAGGACUUCAGAAGUUGAUCCAAAAUGAGUCAUUCAACAACAAAGCCACCACCUCAGAUUGAAAACUGGACCAAGGAAGACGUCCACCAGUGGCUGAUGACAGAGGUCAAAGUUCAUGAGACUUGUGCAGACAGAUUCUGUGAAGAGGAAGUGUCGGGAGACAUUUUAGUUGUUUUUGAAAAGACAGACAUAGUGGACCUGGGAAUAAAACACGGUCCUGCUGUCAAAAUCACAUCUUAUCUACAACAUCUGAAAGAAGGAUCACAACAUGAAUCACAGUUCCCAGCAUAUGUGGAAAACUGGACAAAGGAACAAGUGACCCAGUGGUUACUGCAGCACGUGAAAGUAUAUAGCAAAUAUGCAGAACGGCUACAAGAGGAAGACGUAUCUGGAGAUUGCCUCGUUUGCUUCAAGAAGCAGGAUUUUCUGGACCUGGAAGUGAAAAGCGGUCCUGCUGUAAAGAUUCUGUCAGAACUCCGUCAGUUAAACAAGAAACCAGAGCCGACACUGCAACCCAUCCUUCACACCAGCACAGACCAAAAAGAGACUCCAAAACCCGCUCAACCGGAAGCUAGUCUGGCUCAGGACAUAGCAGCCAAACAGGCUGAAUCGUGUAACACGAUUCAAUCAAAACCAGUCAAAAAGGUGGAAAAUGAAUCUGAAAAGGCUCUGCAGCUAAUUAAGAAAGCUUCAGAGAAGCAGCCAAAGCCACAGAACAUGGGGGCUAGGAGAAAAGAAACAGUUGUGAGCACAGUCACAUCCAAGAUCACUAUGGAGAUCCAUGAAACUCUCGAGAACCUUACAAAAGAAGACCUAAAAAAGUUUCAUUUCUACUUAAAAUUACACAAAAAAUCUAAGGUUAAACCUAUUCCUUGGUGUAAACUGGAGGGCAAGGACACCAUGGACACUGCAAAGAUGAUGACUGAGCACUAUAGAAGCAAGGAAGCUUUACAAGUCACAAUUGACACUCUGAAAGAAAUCAAUCAACGUGAGCUUGCAUGUCAGCUGGAAAAGAACAUGGGUCAACCGGAGCAGCAGUGUCUUCCAAACGAAGUUUUGAAGAAAGAAUCUAACCAGGGUGACAAACUAAAGGAUUUAUUAACGUGUGGUGGGAACCUGCUGGACACUUAUAACAGAUUUGUUGUUGUUGUGAACAAGAGCAGUCCAGGACAAGUGCAGUACCUGCAGUUUUUGAGUAAGCUGAAACUGUUCUGUGUGUUAGACUUUGACCCUAACUCCACCGCUCCAGGUGGAGUGUGUCAUUCCUACAGAGAGUCAAGGAUGGCCAAUCUGCAUAACCCAUCACAAUAUCAAGGACAGACCGACUCCGUGAUAAAGAACCUUAACCUCUGCAAACAGACCAGCUGGGUCUUCUGCAACGGCAGGCAUGACCUUGACAACGACUCGAACAAGGAGCUGGACUAUAAGAACUGGCUGAGGAAAUCCUGCAGAGAUGUAGAGCAGUUGGUUUCAUUCAUUUGCAACCCUGAAGUUCUUCUUCCUAGAAGAAGACUCAUUAUAUUCCUCCUCCUUUCACCUGUGGACACUGAGAAAGACCCGGUUUUUGACACCUACAAGUCUUUCAUAAAACACACUGAAGAGGAAAGCAUCGUCACUCUCUGUGAUUGUCAGAGCACGUAUGAGAAAUGGAGGGAGCUGGUUCAACAAAAGUGUGAUUUUGACAUUGACCGUCUAUCCAUAAAUGAACUAACCCUAAGUGAGAUCAAUGGCACUAUUAUGGCUCUGGGACCAAUCAGUCAGUCAUCUGGAAGGCUGCUUCCCUCUUCCGGUUCCAGCGCUGUUGUCCUGAAACAGAAGGAUGAAGAUUUCAUGACCGCUCUGGAUAUUUUGUGUCUGAAUCAGUGUGAAAACGUUUAUGAUGAGAACAGCCCGGAGUUUGAAGCCUUGAGAAUCAAAGUUGAGGAGGAAUUCUACAGAGGAGGAAAAGUCAAAUGGUGGAACUUCUACUUCUGUGACAAAGACAAAGAGAAGCCAUUUGUCAAGCGGGACAAGUAUGAAAAUGUGAAGAAGAUGAUCAGACUUCAGUUGAAAGAUUCCCAAGACAUAUGCGCUCUGCUGAAUCUGUUUCACGAUCCAGGCUGUGGUGGAACAACCUUAGCAAUGCAUGUGAUGUGGGAUCUCCGUCAAGAGUUAAGAUGUGCUGUGCUGAAAGACAACACGCUGCCGAAGACAGAAGUGGCCGUCCAAGUCAGAAGGCUCAUGAAACUUGAAAGUGAGAAACCAUCUCCAGUUUUACUGUUAGUUGAUGACUCAAAGGAAACCGAGAAUCCUUACGAUCUUGUAAACUGUAUCGGUCAAGCUGUAGAGAAUUUCUCUAACAUAAAUGUGGACGACUCACAAAACUGCAAAGUCAUCAUCCUUAACUGUGUUCGAUCCCAUAGCCCAAAGGAACAAUACAGACAGCACGGUCCAACACAAAGUCAAUACAUAACUGCUUCACUAACAACAGAUGAACAGAAGGAGUUUGAAAAGAAACUCAAAGAGCUCCAAAAAACUCAUGAAAAACCUGAAAACUUUUACAGCUUCAUGAUCAUGAAGCACAACUUUGACAAAAAAUACAUUGAGGACAUUGCUCAUAACACACUGGAGAACUUUGAUAUCAGCUCAAAGGAGGCCAAACUCUUUGCCUUUCUAGCCUUACUUAACACCUAUGUGGCAGGAUCUGAAAUCUCUCUCUCUCUCUGUGAGGAUUUCCUGGGAAUGAAAAGUAUACAUUGGAAGGAGGACAGUGUAAUGGACAGAAUGAAGCCAUAUUCAAACUUUCUCAUCAUAGAGACAGUUGAAGACUGGGAAUACAAAGGAAUUCGAAUCCUUCAUCAUUCCAUCGCAUCUGCAUGUCUGGAAGAGUUGGAGAGAAGCUGCUAUUUAAAAGUGAGUGAAAUCUCUAUGGAGAUUCUUCACUGCGAUUUGUUCUUCAGUAAAGUUGUCAAACACAGAUUCAUGCUCUCAAUUCAACGGAUGUUGAUUGAAAGGCAGCGCAAGAAAGAUGGAGAUGAGAGAGAACUAUUUUCUCCACUCAUAGACAACAUCAACAGCAAGCAAGGGAGACAGACUGUCCAAGAAAUCUUUGUGAAAGCAUCAACCAGGUUUGAAAAAAGUGCAUCUAUUCCUCAGGCACUGGCAAGAUAUUUGUACAUCAACGAGCGUGACUUCCCAGAGGCUCUGAAAUGGGCUGAGAAGGCCAAGAAAAUUAAAGAAAACCCAUACACAUUUGACACAAUUGGGCAGAUUCACAAAAGCAAUUUAAAAUCAAACAACCACAGAGAAAAGCAGGAGACAUCACACAAUCCAGAAGACUUAAACACAAACAUUAAAAUAGCCGAUAAUGCUAUCAAAGCUUUUAAAAGGGCUCAAGAGCUGGCAAAUACAGAGGAUGAACCUGAGAUGGACGCUGCUGAUGAUGAAUCAGAUGACUAUCCCAGAAAGUCAUACAAUGUUUAUGGCUACGUGGGUGUGCUGGAAAUUGCUUUCCUGGUCUUUGAGAUAUUGAGCCGAUUGUCGUUCUUUGAUGAAAGUGACCCAAUGAAGAAGAGGUACUUGCGGAGUUUUCUGCAAAAAGCAAUCCCAAUCACCAGCGUGUAUAAGGAGGACAACGAGAUCAACAACAGAUACGUGGAGAUCAUCAAAGAACACACGCAGUUUCUCCAAAAUCUGAAAACUGAAGUAAAAGAAACGUUUGAAAUCCUCGACUGUUACUUCACGUAUAUAAAAGCAAACAGUUCAGAAUUCGAUUCAAAGAAUCGUUGGACUGUCUGUGGUCUUUUUAAAAGGUAUGUAAAUCUUUUUUGCACUGGACCAGAUGAAAUGAAAAAAGAACAACAAAACAAUCCUAAUCUCAAUUUGAAAAUGGAUAUUGAAGAACAAAGAUCGUUUCUUGAAGAGAAACAUGCAGAUACAUUUGUAGGGAUUCUUCAGCAUUUGGACAGACCUGCUGAAGAGAUUGAGAAGAUCACAGAGUGCUAUGCAUUCUUACAACAACAACAACUCCUCAACAAAAAACAAAAGACAAAGGAAAAAAUCAAUUACAUUUUGUCAAACAUAGUUCUUUUCAUUUUGAAACCAAAAUCUAAACAUGUGAAGAGUUACAGCAAACUCUCUGCUCUCCUGCUGGAAACACUGCAAGAUGUAGGACUUCGGUAUCCCUUCCCAGACCCGUACUACCUGGCUCUGCUGUUACUGUGGCCAAGUCCUACUGAGGAAAACACAGAAAUUGGGACCUACGUGAGAGCAAUAAGAAACUCAUCUCGCAAGCACCUGGCUCUGUUUCCGAAAAGGAGCACCGUUGCCCACCUCUACUUGGGGAAAGAAGAGGGACUCAAGAGGCUUGUUUCUAAACCCCAACUAGAUGAGAAUUUUAAAGAGAUGCGCCGUGAUACUUUGGCACAACUCUGGCGGAAUGGAGAUAUAUUUAAGACAAAGCGAUUUCACCGCCUUCAUCGAGUCAGUGGAGCCAUUGAGCAAGGAGAGGUGUUUGCAAAUUAUGGAAAACUAAAAUUCCCCGUGCGUCCAGCUCUCAUUGCUGGUAUAACAAGUGGUUUCAGCACAGAAAAGGUUUCUUUCUAUCUCGGUUUUGCUAUUAACGGACCCCUUGCUUAUGAUAUCCAGUAUGAAAACUAGGGUGGGUGAAACAAGUGCAACACAACACGUACAGUUUGAAAAUUAGGUGAAGCAGCCCGUGACUUACUUCCGUGCUGUAAGACAGAUUCCAGGGUUAAAUGCCAAUCCUGUAGCUCUAGCUGUAUAUGUACAAAUGUUUUUAUAAACUUUUAUAAACCUCUCUUAUCCCUUUUCCAUUUGUUGACUGUCACAGAUGUGGCACAUUCACAACUUAUGAAGUCCAGUAUGAAAACUAGGGCAGUUGAUCGUACAAACAAGCUCAACACAAGCGCUGAGACACGAACUGUACAGCAAGAAAAAAAUAGGUGCAGCAGCAAACGACUCACUGUGAUGGAAUUUCAAACACAAAAACAUGAGCAAAUGAUACGCAAGACAGAAUCAGGGUUAUAUGCAAUCCUGUAGCGCUAGCUGUAUAUGUACAAAUGUUUUUAUAACCUUUUUAUGAUAUUUCAUCUUUUACAUUUACUCAUUUAGCUGAUGCUUUUAUCCAAAGCGACUUACACUUGCUAUACAUGUCAGAGGUCGCACGCCUCUGGAGUAACGAGGGGUUAAGUGUCUCGCUCAGGGACACAAUUGUGGAUGGGUAACAGUGGGGGAUUGAACCCGGGUCUCUCACACCAAAGGCAGGCGUCUUAUCCAUUGCGUUGUUUCUUUAUUAUCUGCCCUAAACAUUUCAAGUAUUUGUCUAGAGAUAUGGUAAAAAUAAUGUCUCAAUGUGAUGUGAAAUUACAUAUUUCAUUGGAAAAUGUUACAUUUUCUUGGCGGAGGAGCCCAAACCCCCCACCCAUCUGACCAUGACCAACACCACCAAAACAUUCAUCUGAAGCUCACAUAAAAUUGGGAAAGUGACAUUUGAAGCUAUUCUAAUGUUCAUCGCAUGCUCAUGGACACAAGAGCACUGCUGCUGAGACAUGUUGUGUUGGGGUUUUAUCUUCAGACAUACUGCGCACUACGCGCACAAAAACAAAUAGCUUCACCUCCGCUGCUACAACUCCAUCCUAGGGGAAACACUGGCACGUCUAAACAUCAUACAUCCAGCAAAGAGAUCAAGAAGCUCUGAAGCUCCCACAUCCCAGCUGAGAACGAUAAAGCACUCAAUUUAUUUUAUUUUAUGUUUGGCUUAACAUUAACAUUAUUGGAGAAAGAUGAGUGAAGGUAACCAAAUGGGAUCAAUAUCUUCUGAUCUUGUGUGAGAAAUGUGCCUGAUUGUUGUGGACAUCAUUUUCUAUAGAAAAAGAUUUUACUAUCGUUUGUCAGUUUUACAUGUUUUUAUAAUCAUAAACUAUGCAAUAUAAAAAUCCUA